AUGAGCGUACUAGUUCCUGUACCGCCUGCCAGCGGGGAAGCAGGGCCUGUAGCCCUCGCGUUACCCCCCAAACCGAUUCCCCUGCCUCUCAGUGGCCAGCUGAACCCUUCUGCCUUCAUAACCAACUUGUGGCUCAGCGUGAAAAUCUGCCCGAGAGGGUUCUCUCGCCCUGAGUUGCUGUUGAUUGCGAGGAGUCUGCCGAGGUCCGAAUUAGGGGCUUGCCCGUCCCAACCCGUGGUGUUCAGGAUGCAGCGCCCAGCUUGUACGGCACUUCUCUCUCCCACUGGAAUACUCUUUAUCAUGGGGGGAAUCACGAAAGAGCAAGCUCUGUGGCAGGCCUUUAGAGUGGCGUACAAAGUAAAAUAUAGAAUUUGGUGGAAGCCCACAAAACACACGGAGUGCUUACAAGGGUCUGAACAUGAGCUACAGGCUAAAUACCUCUGCCGGCAGGAGGUAGAGUUCAACCCUCACUCCGCUACAGUCCUACAACUUGUGUGCCGUGUGGACUUGGGUGGUUCCUAUCGGCCUAAUGUCAGAGCCAUUCUAGACCAUCCGCAGCUCAGGGCGCUGGCAAUAGACACACGGGACGGUGUGGCCGUGAGAAUCCCAAAUGUUCAAGGUUAUUCAGCAUCUCAGAAAAGUAGUGGAAAUGGGAAUGAUGCGGCGGAGGAUCUCGCUGGCGAGUUGUUUGCUUUCGACGCAGAAGGCGAGGGCAGGGAGUUAAGGGGUAGGCGGGCAGCACGGGCGAAAGGUCCAACCUGCCUUAUUUUUAGAACGGGGAAGAUUCUCGUUUUAGGGUGCAAAAGCCCCGAAGAAAUAAAUGCUGCUAUUGACUUUGUAUGGCCGGCACUUGUGGGCCUGUAG